AUGCCUGUGGACGUGUUCAAGCGCUUUCUGCCGAGGGCGUGGUCCGCGCUGCCAUUCUUCCAGCAGCUGGACGAGCUUGAGGGCAUCCCGGUGAUCAACGUGCACCUGUGGUUCGACCGCAAGCUGAAGAACAUCGACGCGCUCUGCUUCAGCCGCAGUCCUCUCCUCUCCGUGUACGCGGACAUGAGCACGUGCUGUAAGGAGUACAAGGACGACGACAGGUCGAUGCUGGAGCUCGUGUUCGCGCCCUGCUCGCCGGCCGCAGGCAGCAGCGUCAACUGGAUGUCGAAGAGCAACCAGGAGAUCGUGGACGCGACGCUGGGGGAGCUCCAGCGGCUGUUCCCGCUGGAGAUCGGCGCGCACCUCCCUGGCGGGGGGGCCCAGCUGCGGAAGUCCGCGGUGGUGAAGGUCCCGCGCAGCGUCUACGCCGCCACGCCCGGCCGCAACAAGUACCGGCCAUCGCAGGAGACGCCGGCCCGAAACUUCACGCUGGCUGGGGACUGGACGAGCCAGAAGUUCCUCGGCAGCAUGGAGGGCGCGGUGCUCGCCGGCAAGCUGGCGGCGGAGGUCGUCUGCGACCGGGCGGCGGGGCGACCGACAAAGGGCGUGAAGGCGGUGCCGGAGCACGUCCUGGAGGCCUCGGGCGGCCGCGGCGCCCGGGAACCCGCGGGCGUGAAUGGCAGCACGCCCGUGGCGUUCGGCGGGGGCGCGGUCUUGGACCCCGGGGGCUCAGACGGCGUGGCGCGGCACCCCUGA